UAUUAAUAUCGAUUAAAUUAUCGAUAUUUUUGAUAAAUACGCAGCGUCUGAACGUAUUAUACAACAAAAACUGGUACCAUAGUUGCAUAAAGAUAAGGCGCUAAUAUUAGUUGAAGCGGGAUUGUUAAACGUCACAGAAAAUGACUCAAAACCAAAAAUUCUGUUUCGCUAUAGACAGAGGCGGCACAUUUACUGAUGUGUUUGCAAAAUGUCCUAAUGGAAAAAUUAGAGUCACAAAACUGUUAUCAGAAGACCCUCAACAUUAUAAAGAUGCGCCAACAGAAGGAAUUCGUCGGAUUCUUGAAGAGGAAACAGGCAGAGCUUUAGAUAGCAACGGGAAUGUUGAUAGUUCACUUAUAGAGUGGAUCCGUAUGGGAACCACGGUUGCUACGAACGCCCUCCUCGAGAGAAAAGGAGAAAGAAUGGCUUUUGUUACCAAUUCUGGCUUCAAGGAUAUAUUACUGAUUGGAAACCAGGCGCGGCCCAAAAUAUUUGACCUGAACAUAAGAAGACCCGACAUCCUUUAUUCAGAAAUUGUUGAAGUCGACUGUCGUAUUAUACCACAGUUACCGGAUAAAUGUGAAUUGGGCCAACAAGCAGCAAAAUGGCGAACGGUAGACGGAAAGACAGGGGAGAAGUUUUACGUCACUAAAGAACUAAAUUUGGCGGAGACAAAAGACAAAUUGUUGAAACUUAGGCAGAAGGGAAUCGACAGCAUAUCGGUAGCAUUGGCCCACAGUUACGCCUAUUACGAACACGAGUUACAGAUCGGACAAAUCGCACAGGAAAUAGGUUUUGGACAUGUAUCUUUGUCGCAUCAAGUCAUGCCAAUGGUCAGAAUUGUACCAAGAGGUUAUACUUCUUGUGCUGACGCCUAUUUGACGCCUCACAUCAAAAAGUAUUUACAAGGUUUCUCGAGCGGGUUCAAGAACAACCUGGAAGGUACCAGGGUGCUCUUUAUGCAAAGUGACGGAGGCCUCACACCUAUGCACAAUUUUAAUGGUUCCAGAGCUAUAUUAUCGGGACCUGCCGGAGGAGUUGUUGGAUACGCCGUGACGACGUGGCAGAAAGAAACUGAUUUACCGGUCAUUGGAUUCGAUAUGGGGGGAACUUCAACAGAUGUGUCUAGAUUUUCAGGAAAUUACGAGCACGUAUACGAAAGUACAACGGCAGGAGUCACAAUUCAAGCGCCUCAACUCGAUGUGAACACUGUUGCAGCAGGGGGUGGAUCAAUGUUGUUUUUCAGAUCUGGUAUGUUUGUGGUGGGUCCAGAAUCAGCUGGGGCGCAUCCCGGGCCAGCUUGUUACAAAAAAGGUGGUCCAUUAACUGUCACCGAUGCAAACUUAGCUCUCGGUCGACUCUUACCAGAAUACUUUCCGAAAAUCUUUGGGCCCAACGAAGACUCGCCUCUCGAUAAAACGACUACCAUCCAUCAGUUUGAGAAACUCACCCACGAAAUCAACGAAUUCCUCUCUAAGGACAAAAAAAAUUCGAUGUCAAUUGAAGAAGUAGCUAUGGGCUUUGUCCGGGUGGCUAACGAAGCCAUGUGCAGACCUAUUCGAGCAUUGACCCAAGCCAAAGGCUAUGACACAGCUAGACACACCUUAGCCUGCUUCGGAGGUGCUGGAGGCCAACAUGCCUGUGCUAUUGCCCGAUCAUUGGGAAUGAGCACCGUUUUUGUGCACAAAUAUGCUGGUAUUUUAUCCGCAUACGGGAUGGCACUGGCUGACGUCGUACACGAAGCACAAGAGCCCAGCGCCAAAACAUACUCUUCUGAAAAUUUCGAAUACUUCGAGCAAAGAUUGGAUGCGUUGGGUAAAGAAUGUGUUGAAGCACUCACAAAACAAGGUUUUAAUAAAAACAGCAUCGUAUUGGAGCCAUAUUUGCACAUGAGAUACGACGGCACCGACUGUGCGUUAAUGUGUGGUGGCUCUCCGUCAGACAAAGCUACAAAAUAUGGAGACUUCGCCAAAUAUUUCGUUGAAAGAUACAAAUCAGAGUUUGGGUUUGUCAUACAAAAUCGCAACAUAAUCGUGGAUGACAUUCGCGUACGUGGCGUCGGAAAGAGCGAUCUGGAAGAAGAGGAACUCAGGGAAAUUUCCAAUGAUCCACCAAAAAUGAGCGCCAUUACAAAGGUGUAUUUCGAAUCCGGCUACCAAGAUACGAAAGUCUUUCACUUGAGUAAUUUGUUCGCCAGUCAAGUCAUAGCAGGUCCAGCCAUCAUCAUGGAUCAACUUAGUACAAUUUUGAUAGAACCAAACUGCACGGCGGUUAUCACCAAAUACGGGGACAUAAAAAUCACAAUCGGAUCGGGACAGAUAAAAAAAAUCGGCCCUGAGUUGGAUUCCAUACAACUGAGCAUAUUUAGUCAUAGGUUCAUGAGUAUUGCUGAACAAAUGGGAAGGAUUCUCCAAAGGACUUCCAUAUCAACUAACAUAAAAGAACGUUUGGACUUCUCUUGUGCAUUGUUUGGAGCUGACGGCGGGCUUGUUUCUAACGCGCCACAUAUUCCUGUGCAUUUAGGUGCGAUGCAAGAAGCUGUGCAGUACCAGAUGAAAACCAGAAAAGUUUUUCAUGAAGGAGAUGUCAUUCUUUCCAACCAUCCGGCCGCCGGUGGAUCACAUUUACCCGAUUUAACCGUCAUAACACCAGUGUUUUACAAGGGUAUUGAAGUGCCGAUUUUCUUCGUGGCUAGUCGAGGCCAUCAUGCCGACAUUGGCGGCAUAACACCCGGAUCCAUGCCUCCGCAUUCCACUAGUUUAGAUCAGGAAGGUGCCGCAUUUAAGUCGUUCCUGCUCGUAGAAAAAGGCGUGUUCAAAGAAAAGGAAAUCACCGAUGCCAUCCUGAAGGCCGGCGGCCGAAAUCUGGGAGAUAAUAUAUCAGAUUUGCGGGCACAAGUUGCAGCCAACAAAAAAGGAAUAGAUUUAGUGGGAGAGCUCAUCGAGCAAUAUGGACUGAACGUGGUCCAGGCAUAUAUGAAUCACAUCCAGACGAAUGCGGAAAUAGCCGUCAGAGAUAUGCUGAGACAAGUUGCGAGGGAUGCCCAUCGUAGGACCGGAAAGACAGUCUUGGAAGCCGAGGAUUAUUUAGACGACGGGUCGCCGAUCAGACUGAAGGUCACACUGAACGAGAACGAGGGAUCUGCUUAUUGCGACUUUUCAGGCAGCGGGCCUGAAGUGUGGGGCAACUGCAAUGCACCAAAGGCGAUUACACUGUCUGCACUUAUUUAUUGCCUACGUUGUAUGGUCGGGCAUGAUGUUCCACUCAAUCAGGGAUGUCUGGCACCAGUCCAAAUCAACAUCGCUAAAGGAUCAAUCCUGGACCCGAGCGAUAAGGCAGCCGUCGUCGGUGGCAACGUCUUGACGUCGCAACGUGUUGUGGACGUCGUCCUCAAAGCGUUCAGGGUCUGUGCCGCAUCUCAAGGAUGCAUGAAUAAUAUCACAUUCGGCAGCGCGACCUGGGGAUGUUACGAGACCGUCUCUGGAGGUAGCGGUGCAGGUCCUAAUUGGCAUGGUUGUUCCGGUGUUCACACUCACAUGACCAACACCAGAAUAACGGACAUCGAAAUCCUGGAACGAAGAUAUCCCGUUCAUGUCAGAAAGUUCCAUUUGAGACCCGGAUCAGGAGGUAAAGGUCGCUUCACAGGAGGAGAUGGAGUACUCAGAGAAAUACUCUUCCGAUCCGCCUUAACCCUUUCUGUACUCACCGAAAGAAGAGUUCUGCGUCCAUAUGGACUUGAAGGGGGCGAGUCCGGGGCACGAGGACUCAAUCUGCUCGUCAGAUCCGACGGCCGAACCAUUAAUCUGGGACCGAAAAGCGCCGUUCCAGUUCUACCAGGGGACGUGUUCCAGCUCCACACGCCAGGUGGCGGCGGUUACGGGUCCCCCGACGAUGUCGAAAUUGGGGAAGACGCCCUAGCCCUUGGGACGACGUCGCUUAAUGUCGCCCCGGGGAACUCCUUCCUUGAGCGGGGCAGCGUCUUCGAAUACCGACAGGCGCAGGAGGGCGUCUAAAAUCCUACAUCGCCCUUGCGACAUGUCACCAUGGCGCACAUGCUAUGUUAUAACAAAUUUUUGGACAAUAAUAGGCUUAGGUUAAGUAUAUGAAGAUGUUUUGAACAAAUGUACACAUUAGUUUUCGUCUCCAAGUUUUUAACUACUUAUAUUUGUGCUCAUAUGAAUAAUUGAUAUUUGUUCCACCUCUAACUUCUAAUUCGAUUCACGUUGAAAACUAAAGUAGAUUAAUGUUUGCCAUCAUAAUAUUAUUCCCACAAAUUUUAUUUACAGAAACUAACCUCUUAGUUAGGAAUGAUUUAUCAUACUCCUGAGACAAGUACAUCAGUGUCUGCGUUUAUCUUUUUGGUUAAGACCCUCUGCCAUCGAAGAUGUUUACUUUUAAAGAAAAAAUAUUUUUACGAGUGUUUUACUAACAUAAAAACUCACUUCUCUUUUAUGUGUGCUGGGACUUCUAAUAUUUGUUAUGCCAAUAAAGCCUUUAUUUUAAAA